AUGGAUUCAGGUUGUUCAUCUGCAGUCAGGGCGAUUGGUCCCGAGCUUCCAGUCGGCGAGAAGAAAGAGAAAGCCGAAAAGACUGCGGGCAGCAAGCGGUCGGCAUCUACCGCUUUGUUCCUGCCACCAAAGAAGCAGACACGAGGCAACGAAGCACGACUUGAGCCUCAGGGUCUUACGGGCUCAUGGUCGGUGACGGUGCAGCGUCCCUUUACGACUUUUCAGUACACUUUUCUCCAGUCUGGAGACAACCUGGUCUCGGGUACCGGUUCCGUACUGGGAGAUGCACCACGAUCGAGCAAGGUCACGGGCCAUGUACAGGGCUAUGUAUUCACGUGGAACGAGGUGCUGUGCACCGCGCUUCGCUUCCUUCCCUGGGGUCUGGCCUGUGAAGCUUGGCGUGCGGAGCUCUGGCGGCGGCAGCGUGAGGAGCAUGGCGAAGCAAAUUUCGAGGCUUUUGAUGCAGAUGCACGAGGAGACCAGGUUCACAAAGCUUUCCUCAAAGUGGAUGGCCGACAGGUAGUAGUGGUGGUCGGCCUUGGUGCCGUAACUGGCAACGCUGUGGACCCUGUUCACCCCAUGGGGUACUUGGAUGACCCACCUUUCUUUCACUGGGUUGACACCGUGUGGAUAGAAGACGAAGCCGGCGAAAUUCUUUGUAUGCGCCGGUUGGAUCCUGACGAGACGGAGCCAGCCAUGCUUGUAUGCUCAGUCCCAGAUGGCACUCGUACAAUGACGGGGUUCGUGCAUUGCAACAUUCACGGGAUGUUUCGAGGACAGACUCUACGGCUUGACCCCAUGCAAACAGUGCAAGGCUUGCAACGUAGCUGCAGCCUUGCAUCCUGCGCACAGUGGACGGACGAGAACUGCAGUGCGAAAUACUGGAGCUACUUGCAAUGGCAGAAUGCCUCCUCUGCUGCACUCAGUUUGGAGCAUAUGCCCACUCUCACUCUACAUGGCAACGGUUCAGCCGGCUUGGUGGUUGGAGAGUUGGUGAAUGGCUCCGUCCUUCUACAUCCCAUGAGCGGAUCCAGCGAUCCCGAUGACAUUCACUGGAUCACGACUGUCUGGAUAGAAGAUGCGGCAGGUAACUUCGUUUCCGGCCGUGAGUUUCUUCCGGCUGAGGGCGGUCUCCCUAUGCAUUCCUUCCUAAUUCCUUCCGGUACGACGAACAUGACGCCUUUUGCACGCUGCAACAGGCACGGUGUUUUUCGAGGUGAUCACAUCUCGGUGCCACACGGGCAGGCAUCGGCCGCUUCAGAGGCUUCUUGCCACAGGACGUACUGUCCGAAAGUUGAGGUGCGUUUCGCAGUCGAACUUGAUUGCGAGUCCUUCAAGGCAGACUCCCAUCUCUGGCAUGAAGCCUUGGGCUUUACUCCUCCUUACCAUGCUGUAACCGGCGAUGGGCAGAACACCUUUGAGGACAAGUGGAGUCAAGAGCUUGCUCAGACUGUCAGAGUAUGCCGGCUGCUUCGAUCGUUGUCCAUAUGA